AUGAGGAAGAGAAGCAGUAGCAACGCCAGUAGGAGAAGCUCAACAAACAGAAGACGCAGUGAGAAUUUGCGUUUCGAUGAAUUCGGUUUUGCUAUUCUUACCAAAAGAAAGGACCAAAAACUUCAUCAUCGAUGUCAUGACUACAGCUACCCCCAGCUGAGCUCACUGAGGGUCAAAGAGCUGUGUGAGCUGCUCAGCUACUGGAAUGGAGCCAGCUUUAUUUGCAAGAGCCAGAUUGAGCGAUUUAUCAGAAUGGGUAUUCCUCCGAGCCUGCGAGGCAGAGUGUGGAAGUGUCUUCUCAACACUGAAAGUCUGAGAGAAAGCAGUGACUUCAACUACCAGAAGUGCUUGUCAGAGGUGCGAGGGCCCCUGGUGGACUUGGGUGUCAGUGAGUACGGCAUCCUCUCAGCAAUAGCAACACUCAGCGACACACAGAAUGAUCUGGACUUGAAUCAUCAGCAGUCCUCCAGCUGUCCUGAUACCUGCUACUCUGUAGAUGACAUCACAUUGUUUCGACAGAUUGCCUUGGACCUGCAGCGCUCCUUCCCAACCCACCGCUCUCUGAUGGGGGAGAGCCCAGAAGCCAUCGAGGGUCAGGCCAAGCUUUUCAGGGUCCUCAUUGCCUAUGCCAAGUACAACCCACAGGUUGGAUACAGCCAAGGGAUGUCCUACAUAGCUGCUGUGCUGCUGAUGCAGUUGGGAGAGGAGGAGGCAUUUUGGGCUUUGACCGCCCUGUUGGAUAAACCCAGAUAUCUGGCUGAACUGUUUGACCUCAGCCUCACCAAGGUCCAACAUCAGGUGAAGGUGUUUGACCAAUUCCUGAAACACAGGAAGCCAAAGCUCUCUCAGCACAUGGAGUCAGUGGGAGUCUUAUCAGUCCACUUUGUGAUGCCAUGGUUCCUUACACUCUUCACUUCCUUGCCCUGCUGGGACUCUGUCCUUGCUGUCUGGGAUCAUAUUUUUCUCCAUGGCCUGUCAGCUGUGUUUCGUAUCGCUCUGACCAUCAUCGAGCUCCUGGAGCCUCGACUGAUGGAGCUGAAUGAUGAAGGAGCAGUGUUACCCCUGCUGCUGAGAGUACCUGUUGAUGUGGCCCAGUACACUGUUUUGGUCCCUGCCCUGUGGGCUACUGAGGUCCAGGACUGGGAGCUUAAAUGUAUGAACAGUCUGGUGAUGGACGAGACCCACCAUGCAUCCAAAGCAGAACAGUGUGAAAAGCAGAAGGACACACUUUCCAGCCAAAUCAGAGGUAAAGAGGAAGAAAAUGUAUCAGCGCCAUCAGAAGGAGAAAAAAAUACUGAGAAAGACACAGUUGCAGGGGCUAAAAGUGUCCUGACUCGGGUGAUGCGUCUGGCCCAGCGGUACCUGUUAGAUCCAAUGGGCCGUCAGAGGGCUGAAGAGAAGAUUUCACAAACACAAGCCAAGCCCAGACAGCGUAGUCCUGCACCUGGACGAGUUUUCAGGAGUCGGACCUCAGCUUCACUGACACAAGCUCAGAUCAGAUCCAGGAGGCAGAGCCAGCAGAAAGGCAGAGCCCAGCAGCCGGUAGGGCAGGGGAAUAGUGGUGAUGUCACUGUGACAGAUACAGCUGGUUGUGGGAAAUCUGACAGAUCAGAGCAAACCUUCAAGAGGGCAGGCACUGGACCCGUUGGCAAGGUGGCCCGUCAUCAUAGUAACCACAACAUCAGAGUCAAGUCCCUCCGUCUUUUACGAAAUGGAAAGAACUCAUCAAGCAAGACCCCUGCUUCCUCCUCUAUCCUCCCUUCAUCGCUCCGUUCCUCUACCCUUCCUCCACUGUCCUCCAUCCCGUCUUCAACUCCUCCAUCAUCCAGUCCCUCUCAAAGCGACGAGCAACACAAGCAGCAAAACACAACCAGGAUGGCUUUCAUCAAAUUCUGGAACCAGAACAGGAGGUUCCUUGAAAGUGGUGACAGUCGGAGUUGUCGUCCAGACAUCAGAUCAGUGUCCCAGUCAGGAAUGUCCGGGAGUCGACGCUGAUCUGACCCUGAAGAGGUGAAGGGAUAAAAUCCACUACAUGUUUACAUUAUUACAUGUUUACAUUAUGAAACCACUUUAGUUAGUUAUGUAAAUCACAUGAUCUUGUUUGUUCUGGGACCUAGAUAAGUAACUAGCUCACACAAAAACCCGAAAUGAAAUCGGUGCACAGGUCAUGUGGGGACGUCAGUAAACACCUGUGUAAACCUGUAUUGGUUUAAGCUGCAGAUCAUCUGAUGUGACCCAGAUUGUGUAGACUAGGUUAUGUCGAGCUUUAAAGCCAGAAUCUGAAACCUGCUGAUUGUUUUAAGUAGUACACUGUAUGUGUGUGUGCGUGCACAUAUGCAUGUGCAUGUAGACCUGAAACUGUUUGAUAUUACUUUGUGCUGAGCUAGUGCUGCCUAUUUUUCCACUUGACCCAUGAAUGGAUA